UCAGAGACCUUACUGAGCUUGUCCUCUGACCAGCUGCUGGCUGUCCUCAAAACCCUGGCCCAAAGCAAACAAACCCAGCAGUGUGGCCUCUGUCCACCAGAAGCAAACGCUGUCGCCACCAAACUAUGGGGCUUCUCAGAGGUUGUUAACUGGUUGAGCGACGUGAAGCCUUUGCUGAGUUGCACGCCCCUCCUCAGCGUCCUGCCCAGAAGUCGACCGCUUUUACAAAUCCUCUCCAACACGUCCGCAGAGCCCUGGAACACACAGCAGGCUCAAGCAAUUUUCACCGAUCUGUUUAAUACUAAUCCAAAUCUAAUCAAGCAGGAUUUUUUGAGUGUGGGAACACUGGGUCAGGGUGUGAYCUGUGAGGUUCUACAGAGUCGUUUUCAGGCUAAUCCGACACCGCCCUCUAUUAGAAAAAUCUUAGCCUUCCUCAGGCAGCAGCCUCGUCUUCUUCACACCUCUCUGAAAAGGUGCGUGAUCGAUGCGCUGCUUAAGUUGACGUUUUUCUCUGARCUGCUUCAAGAUCUUGGAGGUGAAAUAGCUUUGGCAAUUCCAGUGAGUACUGUUAGGUUGUUUACUGUAGACCAGGUGGACACUCUGAGGAAAAUGAUCAUUGAGGAACCUCGUCACUUUCUCAUGCUGUUUAGAACCAAACAGGAACUUCUGGUGGACAAAAUUACUCAAAAAUUGGGCAUGCGCUCAGGGACGUUUACCGAGGCUGAGUUUCGAUCGUUGGGCAUCAUGGCUUCCUUUGUGGCGGAUGAAGUUUUUUUUCAGGUGGACCGAAGCUUCUUUGUUCAGAAUCUGAAUCUCCUGAAGGGGCUSUGCUACAGCAGCAACAAGAUGGAAAUCGUCUCUCGUAUCCUGAUCGAGCCUGGAGUUUUUGGCCCAGUAACGAGUUGGAACGAAACAACUCUCAGUCUGCUGGGACGGUUUAUUUUCUUCCUGUCUGUUGACACACUGCAAGAUAUUUCUCAGCCACUGAUGACAGUGGGGCGUAUUGAGAAGCUGUUCCUGAGCCAGCACAGGUGGGAACAUGGAGAUGUGGGGGUCCUCUGCUCAAACACAAAUGACAGGACGACAGUUUUUAACAAACAGCAGUUUGUUCUGCAGUAUUUCCUGGGAUUCCUCAAAUUAACUCUUUCGUCACCGACUCCUAUGGUUCCUACCUGUGAGAUUCUGCGCACCACGGCUCCAUCUGCCUGGCCUUCUAACAGCCUGAGCAGCAUGUCCACGUCUGCCUUCUCCAACUGUCUGGAGCUGAUGGGUCAAGACCCUUACCUGGCCUCCUACCAAAGCAGUGAGGUUCUGAAGAAAGUCAAAAAGAUAUACGGCCCGGUUUCCAACUUCUCCCAGUCUGUAAUCUCUCAGCUUGGUGGAAUAUUGAAAGAGUUGACAGCAGAGGAGCUGAGUCUUCUCCGACUGACAGAGCAAAGGAGCAUUGGUGCUUUGGGAGUUGUUAGUACCUGGAACAGCAUGCAGCUGACAACACUGUUUACCACUGUGUUAAACUCCAUGAAGAAGAGUCCGAGCCAGCUCGACUCCAGCACUCUGGUGGCUCUGGGAUACAUCAUCUGUGGAGCUAAGACCACAGACAUCAGGUCGUUUAAUAAUAUAGAGUUCAGUAAGGCAGUCCUCUGGCUUGGUCGGCUGAAGCUGGCCUGCUCCGAGGAGCAGAUGACGGCUCUUGUUGAGCUGCUCACCAACAGCCUCGUUUUUGGACUCAUGAGUUCAUGGAACACAGAUGUUUUCAUUGAGAUUGGAAUCCUGGCAGCUGGUCUUCCAGACAUGGCCAUGUCAGCUCUGGUGGAAGGGCAGAUUAAAGGAAUUUCACCUAAUGCUAUUUCAAUAAUACCACCUGGCAAGUUUGCUGUGGUAUUUAGUCCAAACCAGAUCAGCAUGUUCACCUACGAGCAGGCUGUAGCAGUAACUACACAGCAGGCCGCUGCCCUGUCGGAUGUUCAAAAUACAGCUCUGGCUCUGGUGCUGUCUCCGGACAUAGUUCAGGGCGCCAAAU